UGAAUGUGUUCUACCACAUCAUGUUGUUACAGUGUUAUAAGACAGUUCUCUCUCUCCAGGUGAAGAGGACCCUGCUGAACGUGUUCUACCACAUCAUGUUAUUAUAGUGUUAUAAGACAGUUCUCUCUCUCCAGUUGAAGAGGACCCUUUUGAACGUGUUCUACUACAUCAUGCUGUUACAGUGUUAUAAGACAGUUCUCUCUCUCCAGGUGAAGAGGAACCUGUUGAAUGUGUUCUACCACAUCAUGUUGUUACAGUGUUAUAAGACAGUUCUCUCUCUCCAGGUGAAGAGGACCCUGCUGAAUGUGUUCUACCACAUCAUGUUAUUACAGUGUUAUAAGACAGUUCUCUCUCUCCAGGUGAAGAGGAACCUGCUGAAUGUGUUCUACCACAUCAUGUUAUUACAGUGUUAUAAGACAGUUCUCUCUCUCCAGGUGAAGAGGACCCUGCUGAACGUAUUCUACCACAUCAUGUUGUUACAGUGUUAUAAGACAGUUCUCUCUCUCCAGGUGAAGAGGAACCUGCUGAACGUGUUCUACCACAUCAUGUUGUUACAGUGUUAUAAGACAGUUCUCUCUCACCAGGUGAAGAGGAACCUGCUGAACGUGUUCUACCACAUCAUGUUACUACAGUGUUAUAAGACAGUUCUCUCUCUCCAGGUGAAGAGGAACCUGCUGAACGUGUUCUACCACAUCAUGUUGUUACAGUGUUAUAAGACAGUUCUCUCUCUCCAGGUGAAGAGGACCCUGCUGAACGUGUUCUACCACAUCAUGUUACUACAGUGUUAUAAGACAGUUCUCUCUCACCAGGUGAAGAGGAACCUGCUGAACGUGUUCUUAUUACAGUGUUAUAAGACAGUUCUCUCUCUCCAGGUGAAGAGGACCCUGCUGAAUGUGUUCUACCACAUCAUGUUAUUACAGUGUUAUAAGACAGUUCUCUCUCUCCAGGUGAAGAGGACCCUGCUGAAUGUGUUCUACCGCAUCAUGUUGUUACAGUGUUAUAAGACAGUUCUCUCUCUCCAGGUGAAGAGGACCCUGCUGAACGUGUUCUACCACAUCAUGUUGUUACAGUGUUAUAAGACAGUUCUCUCUCUCCAGGUGAAGAGGAACCUGCUGAACGUGUUCUACCACAUCAUGUUGUUACAGUGUUAUAAGACAGUUCUCUCUCUCCAGGUGAAGAGGAACCUGCUGAACGUGUUCUACCACAUCAUGUUGUUACAGUGUUAUAAGACAGUUCUCUCUCACCAGGUGAAGAGGAACCUGCUGAACGUGUUCUACCACAUCAUGUUACUACAGUGUUAUAAGACAGUUCUCUCUCUCCAGGUGAAGAGGAACCUGCUGAACGUGUUCUACCACAUCAUGUUGUUACAGUGUUAUAAGACAGUUCUCUCUCUCCAGGUGAAGAGGAACCUGCUGAACGUGUUCUACCACAUCAUGUUGUUACAGUGUUAUAAGACAGUUCUCUCUCUCCAGGUGAAGAGGAACCUGCUGAACGUGUUCUACCACAUCAUGUUGUUACAGUGUUAUAAGACAGUUCUCUCUCUCCAGGUGAAGAGGAACCUGCUGAACGUGUUCUACCACAUCAUGUUAUUACAGUGUUAUAAGACAGUUCUCUCUCUCCAGGUGAAGAGGAACCUGCUGAACGUGUUCUACCACAUCAUGUUGUUACAGUGUUAUAAGACAGUUCUCUCUCUCCAGGUGAAGAGGACCCUGCUGAACGUGUUCUACCACAUCAUGUUGUUACAGUGUUACAAGACAGUUCUCUCUCUCCAGGUGAAGAGGAACCUGCUGAACGUGUUCUACCACAUCAUGUUAUUACAGUGUUAUAAGACAGUUCUCUCUCUCCAGGUGAAGAGGACCCUGCUGAACGUGUUCUACCACAUCAUGUUGUUACAGUGUUAUAAGACAGUUCUCUCUCUCCAGGUGAAGAGGAACCUGCUGAACGUGUUCUACCACAUCAUGUUGUUACAGUGUUAUAAGACAGUUCUCUCUCUCCAGGUGAAGAGGACCCUGCUGAACGUGUUCUACCACAUCAUGUUGUUACAGUGUUAUAAGACAGUUCUCUCUCUCCAGGUGAAGAGGACCCUGCUGAACGUGUUCUACCACAUCAUGUUAUUACAGUGUUAUAAGACAGUUCUCUCUCUCCAGGUGAAGAGGACCCUGCUGAACGUGUUCUACCACAUCAUGUUAUUACAGUGUUAUAAGACAGUUCUCUCUCUCCAGGUGAAGAGGACCCUGCUGAACGUGUUCUACCACAUCAUGUUGUUACAGUGUUAUAAGACAGUUCUCUCUCUCCAGGUGAAGAGGACCUUGCUGAACGUGUUCUACCACAUCAUGUUGUUACAGUGUUAUAAGACAGUUCUCUCUCUCCAGGUGAAGAGGAACCUGCUUAACGUGUUCUACCACAUCAUGUUGUUACAGUGUUAUAAGACAGUUCUCUCUCUCCAGGUGAAGAGGAACCUGCUGAAUGUGUUCUACCACAUCAUGUUGUUACAGUGUUAUAAGACAGUUCUCUCUCCAGGUGAAGAGGAACCUGCUGAACGUGUUCUACCACAUCAUGUUGUUACAGUGUUAUAAGACAGUUCUCUCUCUCCAGGUGAAGAGGAACCUGCUGAACGUGUUCUACCACAUCAUGUUGUUACAGUGUUAUA